CUUCCUCCCGCAGCGUCCAUCCGCACAGAGCCGACAACCGGUGCGCUUUACACAACCAGAGCAGGCGACAGAGAGAGGGAGUUGCCCCGCUUGCAGAGGUCAGACAGCCGGGGUGGAGGGGAAGAGCCGAGUUAAGAGUUUGCUUAUCUGACACUGACGACAGGAUGAGGAGCUGAGCGAGAGAGGGCAGAGAAAACAUGGAGAGAGCAGCGUUACCUACAGCCCGUUCACAUAGGAGACACAGGAGAGACCCGCACUGGUCACCUUGAAAGAGGAGCGGGAGCGAGAGCCGAGGGAUCGUAACACUGGAGCUCAAGGAUAAACCAUGGACUCUGCAUACAUCCCACUACACCUGGACGUCCACCAUGUUCCCUGCUAACCUCCUGCUCCUCAUGGUCCUGCUGCUACCUCAAGCCUCGUCCGGUCGCCAGGGUGGAGACGCCAGCAAGAUCGACCACGGCGGGGUGUCCGGCGCGCCGCCCUCCGCGUCGCCCCCGCCGGCUGGUUCCCUCCUCCUGGAGCCCAGUCUGGCUCGGACCAUCCAGAACCUCCUCCUGAGCCGACUGGGCCUGCAGUCGCAGCCCGACCCUCGGCCCGGGGUGCCGGUGCCCGGGUACCUCCUCAAUCUUUACCGCUUCCACCAGCAGCAGUACCAUCUCGUGGAGGACCCGUCGUUCAGCUUCCCCAGCCGUCACAUCCAGCAGGCCAACACCGUACGCAGCUUUCACCAUAACGAGCCCCUCGGAGACAGUCCUCUAGCAGCGGGCCGUACGAGGAGGCACAUCUCCUUCAAUGUCUCCUCCAUCCCUCAGGAUGAGAGGGUGCUGUCUGCCGAGCUCCGGCUCCUCCGCGGUGACAGAGCCUCUCUGGGUCCCGGGGUCCAGAGACUAAACCUAUACCUCACUGGGCACCAUGAGGACGGCGAGCCCACCCUGCUGGAGACACGAUUACUCACCACCGGCCUCCACGGUCAGAAAGCAAGUGGCUUCUGGGAGGCUUUCAGCCUAAAUGCAGAGCUCCUCCAUGAAGCCCUUGCUGGGACUGGCAGUCUGGGCUUCCUCCUGGAGGUCAGAAAUGAGAACAGCACCUCAUUGAUCCCUGAACAGAACCUCUUCCCGGCCUCCGCUGAGGAGGAGGCAGAUCAACACAACCAGGGACACCUGAGAGUAUGCCGGUCUGUGGGUCAGGACGAUCACAGCUGGGCCCAGGAGAGACCCCUCUUGGUGACCUAUAGCCACGACGGCCGCGGAGAGGCCUUGGUCAAACACGGCAAAUGGACCCCGAAUGGGGGUCAGAGGAUGAGAGGGAGAAAAGGGACAAAAGACAGGACCGGGAGCGGCAGCAAGGGCCGCAAUAGAGACCAAGCCUCGGGCAGGGACAGGAAAACGGGGUAUACGGUGCCGGGCUGGGCGGGCGCUGAAGGAGGGGUCAACUGGAGCGACGGGGGGAGGGUGAAAAGAAACGGCGGCCGCGCUGCGAAACUGAAGCGCCUUUCUCGCAACAGGUGCCGCCGUCAUCCUCUGUACGUCGACUUCAACGACGUGGGCUGGCACAAGUGGAUCAUCGCGCCCAGCGGCUACGACGCCUUCUUCUGCCUGGGGGAGUGUCGCUUCCCCCUGGCCGACCACAUGAACUCCUCCAGCCACGCCAUGGUGCAGACCCUGGUGAACUCCGUGAACGGAGCGGUGCCGCGGGCCUGCUGCGUGCCCACCUCCCUCAGCCCCAUCGCCCUGCUCUACCUGGACCCUCAAGACCGGGUGGUGCUGAAGAACUACCAGGACAUGGUGGUGGAAGGCUGCGGCUGCCGGUAGGGGACGGGAGGACUUCGCCAGACGCGGAUGGAGGAUGAUCGAGGGAAUAGGAGAGAGGAGAGCAUGAAAAGGCAGAUGGUGGGAAGAAGAGACGCCAGCGAACUGGAGACAUGGAGGGUAAUAGAGACAAAUGUAACAGCUCAAGAAGGGUGAGGGGAGAUGAGGGAGAUAAGGGGAUGGAUGUAGCAGCUAAAAAUGGAUGAUGAGGAGCAAGGAAAAGGGUCAGAUAUAGAAAGAGAAAGAGCGAUCAGACAUCAUUUGCUACACAGAAAGGAUAAAUAGUGAGACGAUAACGGCAGAGGAAGCAGAAAUACGGUGAAUACAGAUAUACUGCCAGGAUUACUUUUCACGUUUUUACCAUUUCGUGAUGAUGCGGCUGUUUACACAAUCAACCAAAAGGCUCCCGGCGCUUUAAAAUCAGACGGCGUCUGUUCUAUAUCCCGGCGUUUGCCACUCAUCUCAUACGUCUGACGGGCACGCGUUGUUUAGCAGAAUCCUCCAAGUUCCUCGACGACUUCCUGACGAUCGACAGCAUUAGCAAUAUGACGACGGCACUCGUGCAUCAUCUAAACUUUGUGCGACUGUGAUGUUUCUGCAGUAUUUGAACCAAGAAGUAGGGAGCGUCUGUAAUCUGAAUCCCCCCCCCCCCCCCCUUACAAGUGCCCUCCUACAUCACAAACUAUUUAAAACCACAACAAUAAUGCUGAGGAAACUAUUAUGCUAUUGUUUGAAUGUACUACUAUCACUAUUAUUUAAAAAAAUAAAAUAGAUUUUUUUUAUUUUUUAUGUACAUUUAUUUUACAGACGUGAAGAAAAUCCAAGUGAUGGUCAUCUUGUGAUUUUAAAUAAUUCCACUGAAUGGCGAUUCUAACUUUAAAAAAACAACACAUUAUGUAUUUAAGUAGCAGCAAUAUGGUGUAUUUAAUCUCGGGAAAAAAUAUUUUAAAAUACCUGCACUCAGCAGAGCGUACAGCAAACAGAAUAAGAAAGCCUGCCGUGCACAUGAAGUAAUUUAUGGUAGCUUUACUUCCGUACAAAUGUUCAGUGUUUUGAAUCAGCAGUCUGUGUUACUUCAACGUUCCACCUUAUCAUUUCAUACAUGUUGGUGUCCUACAUGAUACACAUGAAGUGGUGUUGCCUUUAAAAAGCUCAACUAACAAGUCAAUUGAAAGCUUGGUGUAUUGUAGCUACUGAAGUGUGUAACAACAGGUGUCUCUGCUAGUUGUGUCUGCAUGUGUCAAGAAAAAUAAAAAAGCAGGACCGACAUUAAAACUUGGACUAUAGUGCCUUUCAACCCGGGGCUUGAAAACAUGAGCUUAGUAAAUGUUUUUUCCGUGUUGCAUUUUCCUCCCUAAUGUUAAGCAACAGCUUGUAAAAUGUUUGACAGUAUACCUCUAAUAAACAAAGCAAACAGCACAACUGU